AUGGACCAGGUGUAUUUAAGUGGUAGUUUUGAUGGCUGGACCAAGAGACACGUUCUGAUGUUUGACUGCAAGGACAAGGUCUACAAAUGCACACUUCAUCUCGACAAGCGGACACGGUUUUACUAUAAGUUUGUAGUCAAUGGGAAAUGGUGGGUGUCACCGCGUGAGAGUGUUGUCCAGGACGAGCUCGGUAACGUUAACAACGUCCACUAUGGAGAAGACGCCAUUGGGGGUGUUGAUGCUCAUGGGCUCGAUGGCAGGUUCUGUGUAGUCAGUACAGGAUCGGACGACACAUGGUCCUUCACCCAAUUAUCACCAGUGGCAACACAUCAUUCCGAGUACUCGAUUCUAGAGCUAGCACAUGCAAAUGGCGACGCCAAUGUCAUUUCUAAGGGGGACGAGUCCAUAUCUUCGCUGGGGGGAACAACCAUUAACAGCUACAAUGUGGAGGAAUCCAAAUCUAGCACAGAUGUCUGUCCAUCCGUUGUUAGACAUCCAUCCAUCACUUCUCACACCUUGCUCGGACGUAUCCGUAAUAUGUUUAGUUGA